AUGAACGGCGAAGACCAAGUUUCCGUGGCGACGCCACACGAAGUCGAGAGCAAUGAGGAUGUCGACAACAAGGAAUCAUCAGCAAUGAUGAGAUUGUACUCCCAUCCAUGGACACAAAUCCUCCUCAUCAGCUUCAUCUGCUUCUGCAUGCCAGGCAUGUUCAAUGCGCUCUCAGGCCUGGGAGGCUCCGGCCAAGUCGACUCAACCGUCGCAGCCAACGCCAACGUCGCUCUCCUCUCAACCACCGCAGUAGCCGCCCUCUUCAUCGUCGGCCCCAUCUUCUCCUUCGUCGGCCCCAAGAUCUGCUUCCUUAUGGGCGGCUGGACCUAUGCUUUAUACAGCGGAAGUCUCCUCAGCUUCAACCACAACGCAAACGGCGCCUUCGUCAUCGCCGCCGGCGCAGUCCUCGGCAUCGGCUCCUCCUUCAUCUGGAUCGUCCAGGGCGCCAUCAUGACCACCUACGUCCACGAGUCCCAAAAGGGCCGCGCCAUCGCCGUCUUCUGGAUCAUCUUCAACCUCGGCGGCGGCGUUGGCUCCCUCGCCGCCUUCGGCCUCAACUUCCACUCCACGACCGGCACCGUCAACGACGCUACGUACAUUGCGCUGAUGACCAUCAUGCUCGUCGGCUGGGUCCUGGGGCUCUUCAUCUGCUCGCCGAAGCGCAUCCGCCUGGCGCAGCUGCACGCCGCCACCGAGACGGAGAAGCAGAGCCUGAAGGGCAUGUUGGAGAUGUCUGUCGCGACGCUGUGUAAUUGGAGGGUGCUGUGCAUGUUGCCGUUGUUCUUCUGCGCCAAUGUGUUUUACUCGUACCAGCAGAACGAUGUGAACGGUAUGACGUUCAAUAUUAGGACGAGAUCGCUGAACGGAGCCUUGUACUGGUUCGCGCAGAUGGUCGGCGGCCUUGUCAUUGGCGUUCUUCUCGAUCUGCCUAUGCUGGAGCGCCCUGGACGUGCCAGACUCGGAUGGGUUGUGUUGUUCGUCACUGGCAUGGCGAUCUGGGGUGGUGGAUAUGCGUUCCAGAAGUGGCAGGAUGCUCGUCACGCUCAAGGUCUCAUCCAAGACAUCGACUACACGCAGGGCUCCCUCUCUACCGGACCGAUCUUCCUGUACAUCUUCUAUGGCGCUUACGAUUCUUUGUGGCAGUCCUACUGCUAUUGGCUUAUGGGAACACAAUCCAACUCCCCCGGCCGGGCCGCUGUUCUUGUUGGCGCUUACAAGGCGUUCCAAGCAGCUGGAGGUGCGAUGGCGUGGAGGAUCAAUGCUCAGCGUGCGAGUGCCAUGACGCAGCUUGCUAUGAACUGGGGUUUAAGUAUCGGAUCUCUGAUUCUUGCGUUGCCGACUGUGUUGACGGUCACGAAGAGCACGAGUGUUCUGGAAGAGACUGGCGGAGAGGUUCCUCAGGAGAAGGCAGAGGAGAAGAUGGUUGAUUAG